UGGGAAAAGACAGACAUCACAGCACACUGAACUAAGAAGAGAUCUUUCAGUCAGCCAGACUGCGUCAGAGUUCAGAAGCUGAAGGGGCUACGUGAUGUGUGCCCACUUGCUUGGGAUUCUUCUCCUUUUUCUGCACACAGCAGCUCAUUCACAGGGAGGCACAGAAAUACCACAGCAGUUGACUCAGGUGUGGGCAUCUCCUGGAGAGGCCAGAAAUAUCACCUGUGACCUUCCAGAUGGAGCUGCCGUGUGGAAGACGACGUGGUACAAAGAGGAGCAGGACGGAAGCCUGCGCAUGAUUGAGCCAAGUUACAACGAGAGAACAGCAGGAGCAAAGGAACCCCUAGCAUCUCCAUCCUGGCACUGUCCUCCUUGGCGGGGGCUCCACUUAUUCACGGUAUCCCCCUACUCUGCCUCGUCUGAUGCACACCUUGACUGGGGUGAAAUCUCCUGGAAUAUUGGUGGGGAGACAUCUCGGGACCAGAAGGACGCUGACAUGGUCGAUGGAGAAGGAGUCUUCAGCAUCUGGAGUUUGAAGCUGAUGUCUCCAGAGUUAUGGACCCAAGGGAUGUCUUACUCCUGCUCCAUCCAAGAAAACAGAAACAUCAGUGCUGUGCUGUCCACACAGACAGUGUCCACAAACACAGGAAACUGUGCUUCUAUGUUAUAUUUGGGGAUCCGCCGUUUUUUCAUCCUCCUCUUAAUCCCGGCUUUUGCCUUGAUCAUCAGAAUGCAUCUUGCCCAAGGAAAUGUAGAACAACCUGCAGAUCAAAUACCCAUGAGGGAGAUCCCAGAGGUCUGCUUCAGAUUCCAGAAGGGGAAGGGAACUAGAAGAUGCUUGCCCCUCUUGGUGAGAUUCUUCUGCUUGCUCUGCAUAACAUGAAAAGCUUCCAGCAAAUCAAAACCCAUGAGGAAGAUCCUACAAGGUAACUUGCAUCCUUGGAUACUGAAAUGUCAAGAAGAUGUAUCUCACCACCUAGAGAUACACAUACCAGGAGGUUUUUCACACAUGGCUCUAUGUCUCGGGGUACCUGAAGAGCGAAUCUGAUUCGAGGCAUUUUAAUUUGAGGGAUCAGAUGGACCAAUCGCAUAGCCAUCAGCACCUCCAUCAACACCUUCAGAGAAAGCAGAAGCCCCGGAGCUUUUUUCAAAAGCUGCUGGAAAUAGAGGAUUGGUUUUUUUUACCCUGGACAUAACUUGGGCUAAUCUAGAAUUUGCAGCCUCCCUUCAGAGAAAAACAAAGCCCUGUCUGUCCUGGGCCCUGAUAGCCCGCAGGGAGGUCGGGUUAAAUCCAGCGAAAAUGUGGACUGGCACACUCCAAUCAGGGGGAGAGAGGCCCUGUCUGUAAAACCUCCAGGCAGCAUAUAAAUAUGAUAAAAAUAAAUAAAACAAGAAAUAAAUCGAAUGUGCCAGGCCUCAUUUUGAGAAAUGCCUGGAAUACGAAUACAAUGAAUAUUUAUAUACUGCUUUCAACAAAAGCUCCUAAAGUAGUUUACAUAGAUAGAAAUUUUUUUUAAAAUGGCUUCCUGUCCCCAAUGGGUUUGUAACUUUGUAACUUUGUAACAAUGACCCACUGACUCACUGUA